AUGUCCACCCCAGCAGCCAAGAGGCGCAGACUAGACGCCGCCGCGAGCACGCUCUCGAAGCCCUUCCGCUCACCCUUCAAAUCACCCCUCAAAGCGCAACCAUCCAGCGACAGCCCACCCAGCAUCUCCACACCCCUCAAGACCUCCUCCCCCGCCAUCCUAUCAUCAUCCCGAACGCCCAACCUCUCCCACACAAGCCCGCAGCGCACACCGGUGGCGAAAAAGCGGUUCUCCGCGUCGCCCCUCUCGGCGUCAGCGCUGAACGCGGAUCCCGAGAUCGCGCAGCUGCUCCGCACACAACGGGAGCUCGAGAAGCAAUUGCGGGAAGCGAGGGAACAGCUCGAGACUGCGGAGCAGGCGAGGAAGAUUGAGAGGGAGAGUAGGGCUAGGAAUGAAGGGGGCGAGGUCGAUGACGAGUUGGUAAAGCUGAUUGGCAAGUGGAGGGGUGCGAGUCGACAGGCGGCGGAGGAGCUGUUUGGGAAGGUUAGGGAUAGGGUUAAUAGGAUGGGUGGGCCGAGAGCGUGGAAGGAGAUGCAGAAGAAGCAGCAGGAGUUCCAGGGAGGAUGGGAUCAAGAGGAACAAACCAAUAAUCAUGGCUCCGAUGAGGAAGACGGGGAGGCUGGGAAUGUCGAGAAGAGGGAUAUUUAUGCUGAGUAUGAUAUUGAUGAGGAGACUGAGAAUGAGAAGUCUCAACGUGCAAGGGGCGCUGGUGAUACGGGAGAGCUGCCUGGACAAGAGGAUGAAUUUACAAUGGCCAUGAUGCUAAGAACCUUGAACGUUGACCUACAUGUUAUUGGCUACGACAAAGAGCAGCAGAGAUGGACUGAUUAA